CCGCCCCGUUCCCCCAUCGUCCAAUCAGAUGAGAGGAAAGCAGACAGUUCUUCCUGUUCAGCUUUGUUGCAGUUACUCAGCUGACUGACAGCCAUGCGGUUCCGUUUCUGUGGAGAUUUGGACUGCCCGGAUUGGGUGCUUGCCGAAAUUAGCACAUUAGCUAAAAUUUCAAGUGUCAAGAUGAAACUCCUAUGUGCUCAAGUGCUGAAGGAUUUGCUUGGGGAGGGCAUUGAUUAUGACAAGGUUGCAAAGCUUACUGCGGAUGCAAAGUUUGAGAGCGGAGACAUCAAAGCUAGUGUGGCGGUGCUCAGCUUCAUUUUCUCCAGUGCAGCGAAGCACGAUGUUGACAGCGACUCCCUGUCCAGUGAGCUACAGCAGCUCGGUCUGCCCAAAGAACACACAACGGGCCUCUGCAAAUCAUACGAAGACAAACACUCUGCACUGCAAGACAAACUAAGAGAGACGAGCCUGAGAUUGGGUCGACUGGAAGCUGUGUCAUGGCGCGUUGACUACACUCUGAGCUCCAGUGAAUUAAGAGAGGUGAAUGAACCGGUGAUUCAGCUUAAACUCCAGGCACAAGGUGCAGAGUCAGGCUCCACAGAGACAACUGUGGUCUCUGUUUCUGCUGACAAGUUCAGAGUAUUGCUUGCAGAGCUCAAACAAGCCCAGGCUAUGAUGAAUGCACUACAGUGAGGUCUGACCUUGACAUCUGAUCAGGAGCUGGACACAAACAGUGCUGAUAGAUUGCCAGAAGUGCCGUAUUUAUGUCUUGUACAGCAUAAUUUGUCUGUAUGAAUGUAAUAAUCUGAAAGGUUAAGUGACUGGCUCUGUCCUUACCCGGAUAGACUGAAAUUGAAUUGUAUUUUUCUACCACACCAGUAAUAAUCUGUGCGAAUGUUUCCAGACCGGUUGAUUUGUCAUUGAAGCAAAGACACUGAAUGGACCAUUUUUGUAAAAUAUCACCUCACACAUUAUGAUUUGAAUUAUGUUAAUAUUUGUGUGUUACCCUCAUGUGUUCAUUUCUAACUAAAUAAAACAUAAAACACUGAAAUAUA